GAGAGGGGAGGUGACUCCGGCCGAAGAGGACGCAGCAUGAGGGCCCUGCGGGUUUCCCAGGCGUUGGUUCGCUCCUUCAGCUCAACCGCCCGCACCCACUUGGAGAACCGAGUGGCGGAGAAACAGAAACUCUUCCAGGCGGACAAUGACCUCCCGGUGCACUUGAAGGGCGGGGCAACGGACAGCAUUCUGUACCGACUGACCAUGGCGCUGUGCGUGGGAGGCACCGUCUACAGCCUAUAUUGCCUUGGCUGGGCUUCCUUCCCGCACAAGAAGUGAGACCAAGAAGUCUGCAGAACGUGAAGAACUUGAACAGCUUAAAUAAAUAUGCUGGCUUCUUGGGGGAACCCAGCCCAGCU